ACUGAUGAUGUGGUCUCAACUACCAAUGAAUUGGAAGAACUUGCAAUGCCCAGCUAUAACUAUUACUUUGUUAAAAAGCUUGUCUCUAUGGCUAUGGAUAGGCAUGACCAUGAAAAAGAAAUGGCUGCUGUCCUAUUAUCUGCACUAUAUGCUGAUGUGAUUGAUGCCCCUCAGGUUUACAGAGGCUAUAGUAAAUUGGUGGAAUCUGCUGAUGACUUGAUUGUGGACAUACCAGAUACAGUUGAUAUUCUUGCUUUGUUUAUAGCUCGAGCUGUUGUUGAUGACAUACUCCCUCCUGCAUUCCUUAACAAGCAAAGGGAGCUCUUACCUAAUAAUUCAAAGGGGGUGGAAGUCUUGGAAAGAGCUGAGAAAGGGUAUCUAGCAGCUCCUAUGCACGCUGAAGCUAUUGAGCGUCGCUGGAGGGUUGGCAAGAAAACAGUUGAGGAUGUGAAAGCAAGGAUAAACAACUUGUUGAUCGAGUAUGUAGCAAGUGGUGACAAGAAAGAGGCUUAUAGAUGCAUCAAGGAUUUGAAAGUUCCCUUCUUCCACCAUGAAAUAAUUAAACGAGCACUUGUUAUGGCAAUGGAAAAGCGGAAAGCUGAAGAUAGACUACUGGAUCUACUCAAGGAAGCAGCUGAAGAAGGCCUGAUAAACUCAAGUCAAAUUACAAAGGGAUUCGAUAGGAUGAUUGACACAGUAGACGAUUUGUCCCUUGACAUACCAGAUGCACAGAAGAUACUGAAGUCUUUAAUUUCUAAGGCUACAUCUGAUGGUUGGUUGUGCGCUUCAUCUUUGAGGUCAUUAUCAUUGGAGCCUAGAAAUAAAUCAUUGGAAGACAAUUUUACUAAAACUUUCAAGUUGAAGUGUCAAACAAUCAUUCAAGAAUAUUUCUUGACUGGUGAUAUCUCGGAGGUUUUUAGCUGUCUAGAAGCAGAAAAUAAGACUUCUUCAGGCGAACUGAAUUCUAUUUUUGUUAAAAGGUUGAUAACUUUAGCUAUGGAUCGGAAGAACAGGGAGAAAGAAAUGGCAUCUGUUUUGCUAUCAUCUUUAUUUUUUCCUGCAGAUGAUGUAGUAGAUGGGUUCGUGAUGUUGAUAGAAUCUGCAGAUGAUACCGUUCUAGAUAAUCCAGUUGUUGUUGAGGAUCUUGCUAUGUUUUUGGCUAGAGCAGUGGUGGAUGAAGCUUUAGCCCCACAACACCUGGAAGAGGUUGGGAGCCAAUUUUCAGGGAUAGACUCUGUUGGAGGCAAAGUGUUUCAAAUGGCAAAGUCAUUGCUAAAGGCUCGCCUUUCUGGAGAGCGCAUCUUAAGGUGUUGGGGUGGCGGUGGUGGUAGUACGCCAGGAUGGGCCAUUGACGACGUGAAACUCAAAAUAGCAAAGCUAUUAGAGGAAUAUGAAUCUGGAGGAGACAUUAGGGAAGCUUAUCGAUGCAUUAAGGAAUUAGGCAUGCCAUUUUUCCACCACGAGGUUGUAAAGAAAGCACUGGUGAUCGUUAUAGAGAAAAAGAAUGACAGACUUUGGGGUUUUCUUGCACAUUGUUUUGGCUCAGGGCUCAUAACCAUGAACCAGAUGACAAAGGGUUUCUCAAGGGUAGAAGAAUGUCUCGACGACUUGGCUCUCGACGUGCCUGAUGCCCGGAAGCAGUUUCUAGCAUACGUCGAGGAAGCAAAGGCUAUAGGAUGGUUGGAUUCAUCAUUUCAUUAUGGCAAUUCCACAAAUGGUAAAGAGAAUGGGGCCUGCCUAUGAUAAUGAGUUUCCAGGGAAAUUGAGUUGGGUUCGUUCUAGCUGUUCCCUGGUUUUGCAGACAAUAAGUUAAGAAAUC